CACAAUCAAUGCAAUCCAUGGAGAUCGGCAGUUGGCGCCACCGUAAACGCGAGAAAGGAUGAGAAAUCGAAAUGAUCGGGCUAUAGAAGUGUUCGAUCUGAUCCACCGCGCGGACACCAUUCUACAAGGAGAGUAUCCUCAGCAAUCCUUCAGUGUGGUCUACAUAUAGGUGGUGGACUGCUCUUAAUCCUUCUUUUGCACCACUGGCAUUGCACGACCACUUCGAGGCUCAAACAUAUUCGCCCAAUCUCUUCACCGUAGGGCUGGAGCUAAGCUCAUUGUUGUUGAGAAGGCAUCCGUCUUCACAUAUCGGUGCCGCAACGAAUCCACAGCCAUCAUGGAGGCGCCAAACCCAGAGUCCUCCAAGGACUCGAAACCACACUCUCCUACCAGCAUCCCCCAUUGGCGUCUGAUCCGCGACCAAAGCGUCCUCACCCCCGAUGUCAUCGAUCACGAAUGGCCCGGCAGCGGGACCGAAUCCGACCCUUACAUCGUCAGCUGGCUCGACGCCGACGCCCGCAACCCGAUGACCUGGAAAACGGCCACUAAAUGGACCUACGCCAUGGGCAUGGCCGGCGCGACCUUGACCGUCGCCUUCUGCUCGUCCGCCUACAGCGGCGGGAUCCGGCAGAUCAUCGCCGAAUUCCAGUGCUCGCAGAUCGUCGCGACCCUGGGCCUCUCGCUGUUCGUCAUGGGCUUCGCCAUCGGCCCGCUCUUCUGGGCGCCACUGAGCGAGAUGUACGGCCGCCAGGUCCUGUUCGCGGGCACGUUCGCCGCGUACACGGCGUUCAAUGCGGCGGCGGCAGGGAGCCAGAACAUCUGGACGUUGAUCAUCCUGCGGUUCUGGGCGGGCGCGUUCGGGAGUAGCCCGCUCACGAACGCGGGAGGCGUCAUUGCGGAUAUGUUCCCGGCGAACGAGCGGGGGCUCGCGAUGGCGAUUUUCAGCGCCGCGCCGUUCAUGGGACCGGUGUUGGGACCGAUUGCCGGGGGGUUUCUCGGGCACGCGGCGGGGUGGAGGUGGGUGGAAGGGUUGCUGGCGGCGGUUAGUGGGACGUUGUGGAUCGUGGGCAUGGUCCUCGUGCCUGAGACGUACACCCCCGUGCUUCUCCGCAAGCGUGCGGAGGCGCUGUCGAAGCUCACGGGCAAGGUGUACGUCUCCAAACUCCAGAAGGACACAGGCAAGACGUCCGUCAAAGAAUUGUACAUCACGGCGCUCUCCCGCCCGUGGAUCCUCCUCAUCCGCGAACCCAUCGUCUUCAUCCUCUCUACCUACAUGGCCAUCAUCUACGGUACCCUCUACAUGCUCUUCGGCGCCUACCCUAUCGUCUACCAGCAAGGCCGCGGCUGGUCCGAAGGCAUCGGCGGCCUCCCCUUCCUCGGUGUCGCUAUCGGCAUGCUCUUCGCCGUCGCCUACGUCAUCUUCAUCGGCGACCCGCACUACAUGAAAGCCGUCCAAAAGAACGGCGGCUUCGCGCCUCCCGAGGCCCGCAUCCCCAUGCUAAUCGUCGGCGGCGUCGUCCUCCCCAUCGGCCUCUUCUGGUUCGCCUGGACAAACGACCCGGCCAUCCCGUGGCCCGCAAGCGUCGCCGCCGGCAUCCCGUUCGGGUUCGGCAUGGUGCUGAUUUUCCUCGGGACGAUGAACUACCUCAUUGACGCGUACACUAUCUUCGCCGCGAGCGUGCUGGCCGCGUCGUCGGUGCUGCGGUCGUGCUUCGGUGCCGCGUUCCCGCUGUUCACGUCGUAUAUGUAUCGGAGUCUGGGCAUCCAUUGGGCGAGCUCGAUCCCAGCGUUCCUGGCGCUCGCGUGCGUGCCGUUUCCAUUUCUAUUCUAUAAAUACGGCGCCGGGAUUCGGAAGCGGUGUAAGUAUUCGGCGGAGUCGGAUGCGUUCAUGAGCCGGUUGCGGGGCGACGAAACGCCGCCGGAGGAGGGGGAGUUUGAGACGGAGGAGGAGAGGGAUGUGGAGCGUGCGGAGACCCCGGCGCGGGUGGCGUCGAAGGAAAGGGAUAUGGAGAAGAUGGAGGAAGAGGCGCCGGUGCAGGGUGCGGAGGAGGGAGAAGUUCAAGAGCGGCAACCCCGCGUCGAGAGCAUCAGGACGGGGACGAGAGGGGAGGGUUUGGGGGAGUAUGACGAGAGCCCGUUUGAUAUUGACCGAGUGAAUACGAGAGAGAGCUUUAAGAAACGGAGCAGUGCCGACUUGGGAAGGAAGUAGAGUAACGCCAGUCGAAAGAGUGGCUAAGGCGGGAUCUCGGAUUUCAUAAGUCAGUGGAUUCGGUGAUUUAUUGGGUUUAUAUCACUUGCAUGAGCGAAGGGCGUAUCUAGCGGCUUGGACGGAGGAAAUCAAUAGGGACAGUUUACAACUAAUAGCAACGGAAGUCAUGGCAUGGAAGUCAUAGCAUAACAGCGUAAUAUACCUACACGGAGCUUUUAAUUCAGCCG